AUGAAAGUUAAGACCCACAAAGUCCGGUUAGGCAACAUCGACGUCCUAGACUUUAACGCUGUCCCUGCGGCACCUUUGUUUGAUACAAGCUUCACAACCCAAAUCAGAGUCAAGAACACAAAUUGGGGACCCAAUGAGUUUGAUGCGGCCAAUGCAACUUCCUUUUCCAAUCUUGGCAAUGAGUUGAGCAGUGGGAUGUUGACGCUGAGCAGCAAAACUAAAUUGACUGGUAAGGUGGAAUUGAUGUUUAUCAUGAAGAAAAAGAAAUCUGCCACAAUGGACUGCACCAUGAAAUUUGACUUGUCUUCAAAGGCAACUCAUGGCUUAGAAUGCAAGUAG